AUGAACAAGCAGGAUCUCAAACGAGAUGAGCCCGACGACCAGCAAAUAUUUGAUGAUCCGGAAUAUACCACCGACGAGAGUAACACCCCAACUCCCUCGCCCACGCAAACCUCUACGCAAACCCCCACGAGCCCCGUUGGCGUGCCUCCCGACCCAACACCGACUUCCCAAAUGGUCUUCGUCUAUGAGUGGAUUGAUACGCCGGCUAAGCUUCAGUACUGGCAAAUCAUGCAUCUCCCUGUGGGAAGACCCCUUGACUGGUGUGGCGGGGACGAUCUGCAGUACAUGGUGGCAGCUCAGAGCAUCAAGGGAACGGACGUGCCAAAGCCAAUUCCCUUCCCGUCGGACAUGGAAUUCUCGAAAAUCGAUUAUGGAGGGCAACAACUGGGUUUCAAGGACUGCGUCUAUAAGGGCAAUCCCGAUGCACCGGGCACUUUCGAGUGUCCUAAUUUUCAUGCUCCAGUCCAGUGUGGCAAGACACCUAAUGUCGGGCAAUUGAUCACUUGCCCUGCGACGUCGAACAUGGCUAAAUCCUGGGCCGUUUCAAUGGCGAUCUGUCAGUGGGGGAAGUCAAAUGUAAAGGGGUAG